GUCAUUAUGAAGAGUGAACUAGAAAUGCACGUAGUACUCGAAUUUGGUUCAGUUUAUCUUUCACUGAGUAAUUUGAAACUUAUUUACUGGUGAGGAGGUUCUUGAGAUUGCUUGGCGAGGGGAUGCGGAAAGUGUCGACCUAAACAACACCGAUACUGAUGAUAAUGAUACGGAGUCGCCGGAGCCUGAUAUGGGUCAACCAGAACAGACUACGGAGACGUCACAGGGGGUUAAUGUUGACAAAAAUGAGACACCUGCUGCUGAUGACAAUGAACAGAAGUCACCGGAGCCUAAUAUGGGUCAACCAGAACAGACAAUGGAGAUGGCAGAGUGGGAUAUUAUGUAUGUACAUGAGAAUGAACAGAAGUCGCCGGAGCCUAAUAUAGGUCAACCAAAACAGACAAUGGAGAUAGCAGAGGGGGUCAUUGUUGAAAAGAAUGGUCCGCCUGCUGCUGGGGUGGAUGAAUCAAACAUAGCAACCACACCAGAGACUGCAGGCUUUGUAACCCAACAGGGUCCUAGAGAAACAGGGCCAACGGCGCCGAAGAAGGAUACUUCGGUCUGUCCCCCCGAGGAAAAUGCAUCUACCGGUGAAGUCUGGACUGGGGACUCGUUUAAACCUCCGUUCAGAUACAGCCUUCCAUAAACAAAAAUCUGGGGAGCUGCAAAGUGGCAAAGACAAGGCUGUGGACCAAAAAAUUAAAGAGCAACUGGACAAAAUACGGGCCUCGUAUGCUACGGAUGAGCAGAAGGUGGAACUGGAA